AUGCUGAAUGCAGUCACUUGGCAAGAAAUUCUUCGCCAACUGAUGGCUAAAGAUCUUGGUAUUGACACGUCUCUCGGUCGCGUGGAACCUUUGGUUGGCUGUGAGAUUGUUCGACAGACGCUGUACAUGCAGAACAACUCAGGCCCGUUCAACGCCCCUGUUGAUACGUCAUUAAAGGGUCUAGAAGAUUACGCGCAAGCUAUCAAGAACCCCAUGGACCUAGGCACUAUCGAAAAGGAGAUCGAUUCGGGAGGCUACGAGGGACCUGAUGGAUACGAAAAGUUCGCGCAGGAUAUUCGAUUGGUGUGGGACAACGCUGUACUAUACAACGGCGAAGAAUCGGACGUGGGUCGCGCUGCUUUAGCCCUGUCGGAUGUGUUUGAGCAAGACUACGAGCGCUUUGUGGUUGGACGGGUUCGAGCGAACCAAAGCCGUAUUGAAGGCUGCAAAAAGGCAGAACAAAUGCUUCACGACCCGUCCGCAGAAGAGCUGAAAUCCUUUCGAUACAACGACGUUGUGUAUGGCUUGUACUGCUCGGAGUUCCACAAGCUUCCAACGGCGUACAAGAUUGGUGCUCUCUCAUGGAUUUGCUCGGAAUUCCUGACAUUAUCUAGCAUUCGAACCUACAUGGCAUCUCAGGUAGAUCAGGAGAUGUUGAUUUACAAGAAUCACCGGAAACGAGCAGCUGAUUUGGAUUCUCGGAGAAAACACUCGGACAAGAUGCGGCGCGAAAGAGAUAAUGCUUUUAGAAGGGACUGUGCUAACCAAGGUAUCCAUCCCAACUCGCACAACGUUUUCUCGGAGGGCAUUAAGCGGCGACAUGAGUUCAUUGGCAAGUUUUUUGAGGACCUGCAGGCGGAGAAAAUCGAAGAUGAGAAGAACUUGGAGCAAGAGAAAAAGGCGCAGGCCGAGGAAAUGGCGAGUGAAUUGAGCUCGGUUGUUAUUCGUGAGUCUCCUUUGGGAAAAGACAGGUACCACAACUCGUAUUAUAUGUUCAAGCACGAUUCCAAGCCUCGGUUGUUUAUUGAGCGUGAAGACUCGGGAGACUUCGUGGUCUGCAGCACUAAAGCCGACAUUACGACAAUUAUGGAAUGGCUGAAUCCGAAAGGUGUGCGGGAAAUGGACUUGUUAACCAAGCUACAGGAAGUUAAAGACAAGCUGUGUAAUGGCAUCGAGGAAGAAGACAAACCAGAUGGUGAUAGUGCAGCAGGAAUUGUGUGGACUACAAAGGGUGGAAUCGAGCUUCAAAUGUUCCCUCUUCCUGGUGGUGCGAUACAAAGUGAGGUUAUGACCAUCACGGAUGAAGACAAGGUCAUUAAGGCACACGAUGUUGCUCGCAGAAUGCUGCUAUGCUUGAAGCAACACCUUGGAAAUGCUAGUACGUUGUCUGCUUCGUGGGAAGGCGCGGACACAUGGAGUGCUCGUGUGGAAGAAGCAAAAUUAUUCAAAGAGCAACUUGACUUGUUUGCUGAGCUAGAAAAUGCUGCGGUAGCAGCCUUACAUUCGGGAGUGGAAACAAUCCGACCGUCGUGGCAACGAAAGCGACACGAGUGGCGAUUGGCACUGGAGGGUUCUUGUACGUACGCUCAGCUAGUAUUUUUGCUGCAUUUGCUGUUAGAAGAGUUUCUUAACGUCGAAGCUUUUAUGGACCUACACAUCCGGUUGGAUCGACGGGAUUGGCUCAAGUUGCGACCCAAGGAAACUCGCAACUUUAUUCCUGAGGUCGGAAAAACUGUCGUAUACUUCGGGGAUGGCCAUGCUCUUGCGUUGAAAGAAGACGAGAAGUCGAAAAGAAAGCGUUUCACACAGAAGAGUGACACUCCUGUCCGUAACGCGACUAUGAUCUGCACCGUGGAGAAAGUGUCGUAUCAUCAUGGUGGAGGAGACCCGUACGCACUGGCGGUGUUGAAACCGAAUUCGGAUAUGGCACAGCACGAAUGCAUUCGCCAACCUGGAACUCUUCUAUGCUCUCUGCCGUCGCGAGAUCAAAGGCUUGCGCGAGUCUUUUUGCGAGUGAUGGCUAAGCUGAAGAUGCUAGCCGAUGCUGGUCCGUUCCUAGAGCCAGUGUCCAAUCGGGAGUUCCCGCAAUACAAGGAGAUCAUUUUGCAUCCGAUGGAUCUUGGAAAAAUGACCACAAAGGCAAGCAAGCUGGAGUACAAGAGUGCAGCGGAGUUUAUGACCGACCUGAGACUCAUGCGUGACAACUGCCAGCUCUUUUGUGAAGGUCGCUUCCCAACUUUGCCCCCGUUGGCCCACAAUUUGGUGUAUGUAGCGGACGGUCAACUAAAGAAGUGGGCCAAGGAGAUUCGAGCAUGCGAGGGAGGCUCAAGUGAGCUGAAGACGGAUAUGUUGUCUCAAGAGAAGAAGGUCAAGCAAGACGAAUUAGAGCCGGACAAGUUGACACCAGCUGGGUUGCCAACUUGUUCGAUAGUGACGAUCUUGCGCCUCGAAAACCGAUUGCCAGAAUACGUUGUGGAUAUCACUCGAUACUCGUGGGCUGUGAAUCGUACGUGGCAUUGUGGAGAGAAAUUCCGCAUGUUGUUCCGCAACCCUCAAGGACACCCAGGUGAAUACUACGAAGGUGUGACUGCAGGUUCCUUACCGUUCGAUGAGCAUGGCUUGCUACCAUGGGAGUCGCUACGCAUUACCUGGGACGAAGAUGAUGGAUCGGAUGACAACCGUAUUAACCCAUGGGAGGCGGAGUUUCCUCGAGAUGGAAAUCGGGCGUAGAUAGAGAUGGGUGCUUCCAGAUUCCCGAUUGCGCGUGGGCAUAAGUGCUGAUAUGACAACACUUUAUCGAUGCAGUUUGUGUAUGACCUCUGGCAAAAUGGAUAUGAUGAUUGAGCGGAGACAGAAACUUGAUCGGGGCAUGUUGCAACUCGAACUCACGAUACCGAUACUUUUCUUGCCCAAUUGCGCUGUCAUUCAAGUCAUGAACG